AUGUCAUCUUGGCGCGACAAAUAUUUUCAAGCUCUGAGAGAGAGUGAGCAAGAAAGGAAAGCUAACUACACUCGACUAGAUGACAACCUCAUUGAAGCCUUUACGAACCUUCUCGAACGCACAUCGGCUCUUGAGACACAAAGAGCUAACACAAGACAAGCCAUCCAGUCAACUAAACCGCCUGGAGAUUUAGACCCCUUACCAGUAAACGAAGAAAUACUGCAAUCUAGAAGUGACUUGGCUGAAGCUAUACGUUCAAAUGGGCAGCUCCACUCACGAAUUAAGACUGUUGAGGUGGAGCUUCUUAAACUUCGUGCGAAGACUAAAUCCGAUCUGAGUAUCAUCAAAGAGCUUCAUGCACAGCAGAAUUCUUUGAAACAGAAAUUAAACGAUAGAGAUGAAGAAUUACGUGGAAAGACAAAGUUACUAGAUGAUGUACAUGAUGAAGUUGUUGCCCUUCAUUUGCAGCUCAAUCUAUCCGAACAGAGAGCUAAAAAUCUUUUGACUGAAAACAAGUCUCUUAUCGACCGGUGGUUGAUAAGGAAAAGUCACGAAGCCGAUGAAAUGAAUAAACGCCUUCACGAUUGA